UCGUCUUCCCGUCUCUGGUCAGCACAGUGCGUACCGGCUUCGCUCGACAGUAAGGCGAGGCAAAGCAGUCCGCCAUUUCCGACUGAAUCGGCGAAGCCUCACGUUCUCGAAGAGGUGGUGCAGCGGCCUCAUGUGGUCGGCUCUUCUGCGCUCGCGGCUCGCGCCGUCGUCCUCUCUCGCUCUCCACCAGCGGCAGUGGAGGCUAGGGUUUCCGUGCGCGAGCCGCGCCUGCUCCACCUCCGCCUCCGCCGCCGCCGCCCCCGCCGCCCCCGCCGCGCCCGGCGUCGAUCAGUGGUCUAUACUGGAACUGCAGGAGGUGGAGAAGGUGCUCAGCGACGUGAGGGCGGACGACGUGAAGGUGAUCCCGGGUCGCCAGGAUCGCGACUGGGCCGAUUACAUCGUGCUGGCCACCGGCAGGUCCUCUUGGCACGUGAAGAACAUCGCUCAAGCCCUUCUUUACAAGGCUAAACAAAAGCAAAAGGGAGCUCGAAGACUGAUUCUGCCGAGCGUGUCAUGGUCAAUGUCAAGUGGGGGAAAAUCUUCGGCAAAGAAAGAAGAAAAGGAAGGAAAGUGGGUUGUCGUCGACUCUGGCAAAGUAGUAGUUCAUGCUCUUGAUGAAGAAGCUAGAGCUUAUUAUGACUUGGAUGGUCUCUUGACGACUGAGACCCUCCAAGAGGAUUCGAUUCAGGAUUUGGGCAAAGCCUUGGUGAAGAUUCGUCGCAAGAACAACUCGAAACGGCGAACUCAAAACGGUGCAUGAAAAACUGCCUUGUUCGCUAGUUACUUCGCCGGUUGGCCUCUGUACAGUCGAAGAUCAUCUUCUUGACGUUUAUCGAGCUAGAACCUUGUUGAAGACGUAGAGAAUUCAAAUGACACAACCGGGCGAGGUCUUAUUCAUUUAUCAAGGGGCAGAAUGCUGGUGCGUGAUGUAAUUAUGCCAUCUCUCUUCUUUUGCGAUCAUUGCGAGGUGUGGAAUCACAUUUGUUCUUGUGGAGCAGAGGAGCCCAACUGCUUAAACUACGCUUGCUCCAUUAGAGAGAGAGAGAGAGAGAGAGAGAGAGAGCAGUUUUAGAUAUGGUUGAACAAACCGACCUAACUUGCGUAGGCGGAUUUGCUAAUUUCUUUUCUGGUGAGUUUGGUUGGAAACCUGUCAAGAUGCAGUCGGAUUCUCCAAAUUUUGAACUGGAAUUCUUGAAAUUCUGAGCUCAAUAUACUUGACAUUCGGGUCCUUUUUAUUUCCCGGAA